AUGAUCAAGGGAAUCGACGCAGCAGACAAGCGUGAGGAGGACGGUGGGUGGGGCUGGGCCAUCGUAGGUGGUACUUUCUUCGCGUUGUUCAUCAGGGUGUCUACUGUGAAGGUACUCGCCGUUCUCCUGCCGAGCAUAAGGGACGAUCUGGAGAUAGAUACAUCGGUUAUUGGUUGGGUUAUUAGUGCGAUGCUGACGCUAUCCGACUUCACAGCUCUUCCAGCGGCUGUGAUGUGUACGCGAUGCGGUCACCGCCUGGUGGUGAUGACGGGAGGAUUGCUCGUCAGUGUCGGGCUCGUACUCUGCUCUCUGAGCAUGGGGGUUUGGUCUCUUCUGUCCCCGCUCGUUUUGGCAGGUGUUGGCAUGGGCCUAGUAGAGAAUCCAACUAUCUCCAUGGUCACCGUUUACUUCAACGAAAGGUACGCCACAGCUACCAGUCUCGCAUUGACCUCCAUCCCAAUCGGCAUCAUGGUGGCCCCACUCAUGACGCAGUUCCUCUUAGACACCUACGGAUGGAGAGGGGCACUGCUCAUGUGGGGUGGAAUAUCGCUCCAUAUGUCGGUAUGUGGAGCUCUGCUAAGACCGGUCGCUACCGUGGACUCAGCAGACGGGGAUAUCGUGGUGUCUCCUUCAGCAACGGUAGCGGUAUCAGACGGGAGUUGCAAAGCGCGCUGGAAGCAGUUCGUGCGGGCUAGCCACAUGUACCUUCUCAAAGAAUUCAGUUUCUUCACUAUUCUGUGCAUCCUGUGCUGUGAGAGACUGUGUUUUAUGGCGUGGAUGAUCUACCUUGUCCCUCAUGCCAUCCAGGAAGGGCUGACUCCAUACCAGGCCGCCGCGCUGCCCUUGGGCGCGGGCUUCGCUAACUUCUUCGGUAAGGUCAUACAAGGUUUGUUCGUGGACAGUAAACUCAUCACGUCAAACUCUUUGCUCUGUGCCACUGCUUUUGUAGCGGGUCUAUGCCUGAUGUUGGACCCACUGGCCGGCACCUUUGCCGGUCGGUUCGUCUUGGGGGUUGUGUACGGCCUGGCCGUGGGUACCCUAUUCCCACUCGGUGUCACGGUCCUCAAGGACCUGGUUGGAGAGAGUAGAUUCAUCUUGGCGCUUGGUUGGUGUACAUUUAUAAUGGGGAUUCUUCGGAUGCCUAUGGGAUUCAUUCCAGGUUUGCUGUAUGACGUCAGCGGCAGCUACGACGCGUCGUUCAUCAGUCUGGGGGCCGUAGAGAUGCUACCAGUCCCUCUGUUGAUCAUUGACCUAAUACGUCGGCGUAGCAGGUGGUUCCAAUCGAGACGAGACGCCCGGAGAGACGACUACGAGAUGCUCCUUGGUGACUCCGUGGCGCGUGGGCCGGCAGCUCGUUGGGGGAACAGUGACUGA